AUGAAUUUUUGGUUAGAUAAUUGGACUGGUGAGGUUCUGGCUGACAAGUAUCACAUUCCCAAGCAAUUUCAUUAUGCCCUUACUUCUAAAGUGAGAGACUGGUGGAACAAUACCUGGCAAAUCAAAGACAACAUACAAGUGGCUCUUCAAGAUCUUCUAAGCAUCAUUUCCAAUUUCUCAGUAGCUACAGCUGAUGUUGAUGAUUUGUUUGCUUGGAAACAUGAUUCUUCUGGUGUCUUGACUGUUAAGGAAGCUUACAAUUCAAUCAUCACUCCUUAUCCUUCGGCUGAGUGGAAGACAUUCCCUUGGGAUAAGGACUCUCCUCCUUCUCAAUCUAUGCUGGUCUGGAGAUAUAUUCAUAACAAAUUGCCUAAUGAUGAUAACUUAUUGUUGAGAGGCUUCUUCUUUCCAUCUCAAUGCAGUUUUUGUAAGAUGUGUUGUGAAACUUCUAGUUAUAUUUUCUUUGGUUGCAGCUUUGCUAUUAGUAUGUGGAAUUGGAUGAUCAAUAUGUUGGGCUUAAAUAGAUUGAUCAAUAAUGUUAAUGAUCGCAAAGAGGUUUUAAAGGGAAGCUGGUCUCUUCAGGCUCGGGCAGUGAUUCAUGCAUGCAUUGUUGGUGUUUUCCACCAGAUUUGGCAUGCUAGAAACAAGUUAAGGUUUGAAGACAAGACAAUCUCGUGGAAUACUUGUGUGACUGUGAUUCUGGCCCAAGCUAAAGUGAUUGGAAACAAUACUCUUAGGGUCUCAGAUGCUACUAUUUCCAGCUUCAGCUUGCUCAAGCGUUUUGGUAUAAAUAUUAAUCCAAGCAAAGGUGUGAAAACAAUAGAAGUUCUUUGGUCUCCCCCUUCCUUGGGAUGGAUAAAGUGUAACAUUGAUGGGGCUGCAAUUGGUAAUCCUAAAGUUGCAGCGUGUGGGGGAAUCUUUCGUGAUCAUAACGCUAAUCAUAUUCUAAGCUUUAGUGCUUAUUUGGAUAAUAACAAUUCGGAGUCGGUUGAGCUUAAUGCGGCUAUUAUGGCCAUAGAAGCGGCUAAAAAGAACCAUUACACUAAGUUUUAG